AUGCCGCCGAAUGGAGGGACGUCCAGUCAUCUGGAUGCUGUCAAUAAACUGCAACAGCUCUCUGUUUAUUCAGGGUUUCCGGCAGCUGCCGUGUUUUAGUUUGUUCGCGCCUGUGGCGAGAAGCGAAAGCGUUUCCGCCGGACGUUUGAGAGUGUGACCCUCGUACCGGCGGUCCUUUCGGUCCGGGUAGUUUUCCUAGUAACCAUGGAACCGCGGCUGGUGGCGGACUUGCUGCUGCGCCUCGGCCACGAACCGACGAUGAUGCUGCCCGAGCUGUGUCGGUGGUGCUGGGAGGCGGAACUGGACGCUGGCCGGGUGGAGACUCUGCGCCUCCUUCUGGAGGAGCUGGAGGCCCGAAGCAUCGGGCUGGAGUGGCAGCACCUGCGGGGACUUGCCGAGGAACGGUGCUUGCCGCUGCUGCGGAUCGUACGGCUGGAGGAGCCGGCCGACCGCCGACUAGGUCUCGCGGUCUGCCGCUUACUGCUGACCUGCUGUCGGCUAGCUCCGCCUGAGCUACUGCAGCAGGAGGUUGCCUCUUGUUUACGGGAGUUGCGGACUUACACCGAGCAGCGGAGCGGGGCCGCCGCCUCCUCCUCCUCCUCCUCCCCGGGCACUGAGUACUCCGACAUUCACGUCGUUGUCGAGAUGCUAGUGAAGCUGUGGCCUCUCGUGUUGAAGCGGGAGCCGGUCAAUGGAGAGCUGCUGCCUCUCGCCCUGACCACUGUGAGGGUCGGCGAGGACAACGUGGCGGCCAGGGUGGCCACCCGGCUCAUCUCAACCCUCCUGGAGCAGAAGAUGGUGUCUAUGAGGGAUAUCUGGGACGGCGUGAGACGAUGGGAGUGCCCCGGCAACGUUUCCAGACUCCUGUUGCUGCUCACUUCGCUCUCGCCGGCCGGUAAUCUCGACCUCCGGACGUGCAUUGAAUUUUGGAAAGUGUUGCAGGCAGGACUGGUAGACACGGAUAACACGACUCGCAAGAGAGCUUUGUAUCUGUUGAAAAGGGCUGUGGAUGUUUUUGGGGCACUGGAAAGAGACUUCGCCUUGGAAUUUCAGAAUGAACACGAUUCGUGUCCUUUCUGGUGGUUGGGUGAAAAAAGCAAACAGCUCGUACAAUUAUGGGAAAAUUAUAUUUUAAUUAUGGAAACAUUGGAAGAAAAUCAAGUGCAUGUUAUAAGACCAAUUUUGCCACGCCUUAAAAGCCUAAUGGAUGCCACUGUUUACGAUGGAAAAGGUAAUUCGCUUUUCCACCCAUCUUGGCUCCUUUGUGCCUAUAAACGCAUGUUUGAAAGUGAAAACAAAACUGUGAUGAAAGAAGGUCUGUUUCAUUUCCUGGAUCUUAAUAUCAUGAAAUAUUCAAUCAGAACUCAAGAACUGUCUGAUUUUAUCUGUGGGCCAGUGAUGGAUGCUCUUUCAGAAAGUGCACUCUACAGCAGAUCGCCCGAUCAGAUCAUUGGCAGCUGUCCUGUUUUAGCAGUAAAGUUACAGAUAUUGCUUGUUGAUUAUAUGGAAAAUAUACCUGAGAAGUUCAAAGGAGACUUCCUCACGAAGUUGAUUAAGAGCGUGGCCACCAAGCACUGGUGUGCCAUCCCCGUUCUUUUCAUCUCUCAAGCUCUAGAGCACAUCCCAUCUUGCCAAAUCUGGGGAGUAGAAGGGCUUCGUGCUCUUCGGGAAGUAUUGCGUUGUACUCUGACCAAUCACCAAGUAUUGCUGCGAGGAGCGGCUCAGUGUUCCUUUCUAAAAGCGGCUAUGCAUCUGACUAAUGUGGAACUGGUGACGGUCUCUGACAUUUCAAACUUUCUGGCAUCCAUUCGAACUGAAGAGGCUUUAUCUCGGGGGACAAAAUUGUGGAUGGAGGUAUGUGAGUGGCUACACAGCAAUGAUGGGAGUUUUAGGCGUGAAGACAGUGCCACUGAAGAGAAUCUAAAGCGAUCUGUGCUAGGUGCCUAUGUUCAGAAUCUGGUAGAAUGGUACAUGAAGGUCCCAGUGUCUGAUGGGGAAAAGGACAGUUACCUGCCAGACUGGUUUGAGGCCCAGCUCGUUGCUCGAAUGAUUCUCCUUGCUGCUGACGUUGAAGAGCAACAUUGCGCUGAAGGUGCUAUAUACACUGGGGAUCAGAAUGCCUUGGCUUGUUUCUUACAACCACUUCUGGAUACCUUAACAAAGUUGAAUGCUCAUGCUUACCUACCUUUACUGAAAGCAGACAAGAGCUUGCAACUGUUGCUGAAAUUGUUGAAGAUGUCCGUACCAAAGCACAAUACAACAACAUCAGAAGAUAGGGUCCUGAAUGAUUUGCAAAGAUGUGUCAUGUCUACAGUGGAGCAAGUUUUAGAGUACAUGCAGAGGAGAUUGACAAGUGAAUUACAAACAGUUCUGGAUCUUGAUAGGUAUAGCCUGUACCUUGCUGUGCUGAGUGAGGUGGCGAAGAUGCUUUUAGUGGACAACCCAAGGAGAGGGUCUUGGAUGAGGAGUUUCAUCUCUUCUCUGACACAGGCUUCAAUUCGACAUCUGCAGGCUGUAAAUAACGACAAGGUCCUAAAGCUCGAGAGACAAAUCCAGAUGGUGGUUGCUCAAGCCUCUUUAGCUUGGGUUUCCAGGAUGACUGCCCAGUAUCCAGAGCUGCACCUUGACUCCCUUGAUGUGGUCAAGACACUAGGAAAAUUGAUCUUCAUUAGCCCUUUCAACCAUAAGCUUGAGAAACCUUUCUGCAGCAACAAAAACAAUGGACUUUUAGAGGACGGAUCUUCAGCCCAGGGCUGGGGGAAGAUAUCUGCACAGUAUGUCCAUGACCAAUGGGUCUGCAUUUAUUUUACCUUGAACAAAUCUCUUCCAUUGCCUGAGAGUGCAGCCAAGAAGAGUGGUGAAGUUUCUUCACAUAGUGUAGAAAAUGCAACACUCACACUCCAUGCCUGUAUUGAAGCUCUGAACAUAGUUCCAGCUGACCAAGUACUUCCCGUGCUGCAGUGCAUGAAGAUUCUUGUGCCCAAGCUCUCUAGGUCUGAAGAGUCUCUGUGUGUGAAAUCUCUUGACCUAGCUUGGAAGGCAGUGGUGGAUCUGAACAACAACCAGCUGUGUUUUUGGCCUACUUUAAGUGCUUUCGUACGAAUUGCCUUCGACCAUCAACUACUUGCGGUAGCAGAGGAAUGUCCUAUUCGACUGAAAGUGAAGGAGAUUAUAAGCAAAUUGCUUAAAAUUUCAGAAACCAAAACUGGAGUCUUCAAUGUGUUAAUUACUCAUUGCUGUCAAAUCUGGUUGCCUUCUGGUUCUGCCACCAGUGAUUCCCACCAGGAUUCUUUCAUGAGUGCUGAAAACCAUGUGGAUCUCUUUGUGGAAGCUUGCUUAUUUGGACCCAUUUUUAGGAAGGAUCAAAGACUUAUCCAAGAUGUACACACCUACAUAGAACUACUGGGAGAUGAUUGUGCAGCCAACAAGGCAACUGAAAGUGAAAACCGUGAUGAUCAAUCUGUGCGGAUUUUGGCCAUCAAUUUUCUUUGUCGAUUGAAUGGAUCAGAUUCACUGCAUAAAAAGUUCAUGGAGAAUGUGGUCAUCAAACUUCUUGAGAAGGACGAAGAGCUGAGGGACACCAAAAGUCGCUAUUAUGUGAACUCCAUGAAGCAUCGACUAAAGAACAGAAUUUGGCAGACACUCCUUGUGCUCCUUCCUCAAAUGGACCAGGUGUUUCUCAAUGCCAUUGUUCAAACUGUCUUCACAUCUGCCUUGAGUGAUAAUCAGGCAUCUGUAAAAUACUUGAUCGAAUGGUUCAUCAUCUUAUUAUUGCAAAAGUGCCCAGAGCUUAUCGAUUCUUUCUGGAGAUGCUUCAGCUACAAUCCUGAAAAUUCAAAAACUAGUAUCUGCACCUUCCUGGCCACAUUGGUUCAUAUUGACACAAUGCUUAAGAAUAUUACACAGAAGGGCCAAUAUUUGAAGAAGGCGCUGAGUGUAAUACUGCCCUGGUGUCUGAACCACAAUUUCAGCGUGCGCCUGUAUGCUCUCCUUGCUUUACAAAAGGUCUGGGAAGCCUGUCUACUGUUUGAAGUGGAGGGUGAAGAAUUGAAAUUUUUGGAACCAAUAAUUGAAUCCUACCUGGAGCAAAUUGGACAGAAGCAAACUACGGGGAAUGCUGCAAGGAACUGGCAGAGAAUUCAGGACCAUUUCUUUUUUAGAAAAUUCCAACCUGUGGAAGACUACAGUUUAGAGACAAUAUUUUAUACCUUCCCAAGCUUAUCAGAUGUGAUAGAAGAUGAAUGGAUCCCUGCCUGGAAGUUCAGCCGAAUUAUGGAUCAUUGUUCCUCCAGCUCUUCAGUUAAUGUGUUCAGUUUAAGAAAUGAGCUUCGCAAUAUGAAAUCCACAGACUGGGUUCAGCAAGACAAAGGUUGUUGCCUGGAUCAAGUUGCUGAAUGGACAGAUGUACAAAAGAAGAUAAUGCCUUGGAAAACUAGCAUCCCAGACCAAGAUGUGGAGUUGCUCCAUCAGGAGAGAGCCGCCAUACCUGGAAGGUCAUCUGGCAAUAGCCUGAUUGUAGUGGCAUCUUUAAUUGAUAAGACAACUAACCUGGGAGGUUUGUGUCGAACAAGUGAGAUAUUCGGGGCCUCUGCACUGGUUGUGAGCAACUUGCAUUGUGUGAAUGACAAGCAGUUCCAAGCCCUUAGUGUUUCUGCAGAACAGUGGCUAACCAUCAUUGAGGUGAGACCCGAUCAGCUGAUUGACUACCUGCAGCAGAAGAAAACCGAAGGGCACACCAUCAUUGGAGUGGAACAGACAGCCAACAGCCAGGAUCUUGCUCACUAUAGUUUCCCAGAUAAAACCGUGUUUUUGCUGGGGAACGAACGGGAGGGAAUUCCAGCCAAUUUGAUCCAGCACCUAGAUAUGUGUGUGGAAAUUCCACAGUAUGGGAUCAUCCGGUCGCUCAAUGUCCAUGUGAGUGGAGCUUUGCUCAUGUGGGAGUACAAACGGCAGCAGAUGAUGAAGCAGCAUGCGAGACUGUAAAAUUGCCAAUGUACAGAUGUGAAAAUUAAGAGAGCCAUCUCUUGUUAAUACGCCUUUUUCCACAGACAGUAAAUCAAUAAUUCUAUGCUGCUAUGAAUGCACAGCUAUGAAAAAAGCCUCUAAUUCCCUGGAAGAUCUGGUGAAAAUAGUGUUUAUCAAAAACUGGCAGCAGACGAUGAUGCCGACAAGCUUUUGGCUGCUUUGGACCUGAUUGGACAUCUUGUGUCUUUUUGACAUUUAUGUAUAAAUAAGAAUAUGUCUAUUUUUUGUUAAUGCAUACAAUGUUUCCUUUUGUACAAGAACUUGGGAACCGUAGUGAACUGCUCAGCCAAUUGCUAUCUCAUCUCCAUUUACUCACAGAUACAACUUCCCUUUCUUCCCUUUGCAAAUAAAUUCAUCUGCCUCAGCUUUGCACUUCCGGUUGAAUGAACUGCAUUUUCGUGGAAACUAGUGAUCCGCUGGAGUAACUCAGUGAAUGGAGCAGUAUUUGUGGGCGGAAAAGGAAUUGUCAACAUUUCUGGUUAAAACCCUACCUCAGUGAAGUUGGAUAUCUGGUCUCCUUUUGCAUGUACCUGGAGAUUUAGUCCCGUAGUAUGAAUGUUGGCCAUGACCUCUGCUCAGAUCAGAACCUUUCCUUCGUCAAUGAUCUAAGUUGUAUCUUCUAGACAUCCUCUUCAAGCACAAUUAACCAAGGAAUUAUUGACUACAGUCCUUUAAAUAGAAUGGAAGUGCAGAAGAUGUUUCCAAUAGUGUGAGAAUCUAGGGCCAGAGGGCACAGCCUCAGAAUAGAAGGAUGUCCCUUUAGAAAAGAGAUGAGGAGGAGAUUUCUUUAGCCAGGUCGUGGUGAAUCUGUGGAAUUCAUUGCCACAGACAGCUAUGGAGGCCGAGUCAUUGAGUAAAUUUAAAGCAAAGGUUGAUAGUUUCUUGAUUAGUAGCAAGGACAAUGGGGUAGAGAGGGAAAAUAGAUCAGCCGUGAUGGAAUUGUGGACCAGACUCAAUGGGCUGCAUGGCCUGGUUCUGCUCAUGUGUCUUAUGAUCUAUCAAUACCUGACAUGUAGAAUGUGUUUUCAAGAGGUUAGGUAAUUGCAAAACACUUCAGCUUUCAGGGAUGGAGUUGAAACCAGUGCAUAUUGGUGGGAUGAUAAUGAGGUCAGUUUAAGAGAUUUUAGUACAAAUAGAAUCCGUUAAUAGACCUACAUACAAAAUGUACAGCCUUAUCUGUUAUCCAGAACCAUACUGCCGAAGUCUCCUGCAAACAAAAGAUGCCCAGUCAGUCAGUAGCACUGUGCCACACACUAACUGUGAUGGCGCCACUAUGUGUAAGGAUGCCCAGCAAGAUCCCACAAGGACCUGUGAGAUAACUAACCAAAUUUAUACUUGCAGCAUUGUUUCAAAGAGAAAAGGUUGUCGCAAUCACCGGGAGAGAUCUCAUCCUCCAACCACUGCUGGCUCUUUCACUUUCACCUAUGAAGUCCGAAUAAUAUUAGAUGAUGCAUUCAGUUUGUAAUGGUGCCUGGAAGGCAGGUGCACCAUAGAUCCUAGUGAUCUGAAGCUACACUCUUCAGGUUAGAAGACCUAGGAUCCACUGUCAACUGGGGCAUUACAAUGGACCUCGACUUCUCUGCUCUGGAGUCAGUAGAUGUAAUGAGGAAAUGGUGGCUUCCUUGUGACUGAAAUCAUGAGGAUCUUCACAAAGAUUAAUCAGGAUCUGCUUAUUUAUAUAUAUAUUUCUAUUUUAAUUUAUAGUCUAUUUUUAUUACUGCACUGUACUGUGCUGCAAAACCACAUGUACUUAGUGACCGCUUUAUUAGGUACACUUGUACACCUGCUCGUUAAUGUAAAUAUCUAAUCAGCCAAUCAUGUGGCAGUAGACAUGGUCAGGAAUUUCAGUUGUUGUUCAGAACAUGUGUCAGAAUGGGAAAGUGACUUUCUCCGUGGGUGCAUGUUUCAGUAUCUCAGAAUCUGCUGGUCUCCUGGGAUUUUCAUGCUAACAGUCUCUAGAGUUUACAGAGAACGGUGUGAAAAAGAAAAAAGUAUCCAGUGAGCAGAUCUUUGGGCGAAAACACCUUAUUAAUGAGAGAGGUGAGAGGAGAAUGGCCAGACUGUUUCAAGCUGACAAGGUGACAGUAAUUUGAAUAACCAUGAGCUGCAACAGUGGUGUGGAAAAGAGCAUCUCUAAAUGUACAACACAUCAAACCUCGAAGUGGCAGCAGCAGAAAAGCACUAAAAUACACUUGAAGGUCACUUUAUUGGGCACAGGAUAACAAUCAGUGAUAAUAAACCUGAUUCUGAUUCAGGACAGCAGGUCUGUGGAGGCAAAAGGUAGAAGUAGACCACAGAAAAUGAAGGGUAACACAGGGGGAAGGGUUAGAGUAGGUUAGAAGGUAGGCACAUUAUCAUGGGCCGAAGGGCCUGUAGUGUGCUGUAAUGUUCUAUCUUCUAAUUCAGGCCAUGAUCCUGUAUCAGAAGAGAGAAGGUUGGGGAAUAGAGGCUGGUGGAUGAUAGGUGGAAUCAGACACAGAGGUGAUUGUGGCAACCAGGUGGGGAGAGAUAGGUAAGAGUGAGAAAUCCAAGUCUUCCAGAAUUCAGGAGGAACUAGAUCGUAAUUUAGAUUCAGAGAUUCAUAUUCAUAUUUAUUUAUUUGUAACGUGUAUAUCAAAAUAUACAGUGAAAUGCAUCAUCUGCAUUAACCUAAGGAUGUGCUGGGACAGUCCACAAAUGUCACCACAUGUUCAGGCAACAUGUUCAGCAGAACAACGCAAGUAACAACAGGAACAGGAAAGGUGCAAUCACACUGAUGGGACUGUACUCCAGACACCCUGAUAGCCACCAAGACGUUGAGGAAAAGAUAUGUAAUCAGAUUAAGGAAAUGUGUAAGAAUAAUAAGGAUGUAGUCAUGGGGAAAUUUCAACUUCCCUAAUAUAAACUGGGAUUUCCUGAGUGCGAGGGGUUUAGAUGGAGCAGAAUUUAUUAAGUGUAUCCAGGAAGCUUUAUUAAAUCAAUAUGUAGAUGGUCCAACGAGAGGAGGGGCUGUGCUGGACCUGGUGUUGCAUAAUGACUCUAGCCAGGCAACUGACCUUUUAGUGGGUGAACAGUUAGGGAAAAGACCAUAAAAUAUGAGAGCAGAAUUAGGUCAUCUGGCCCUUCAAGUCUGCUCCACCAUUCAACCAUGGCUGAUCCUUUUUUUCUAUCUCCUCCUCAACCCCAGUUUCCGGCCUUUGAUGCCAUAUCCAAUCAAUAACCUAUCAAUCUCUGCCUUAAAUACACCUAACAACCUGGCCUCCGCAGCUGCAUGUGGCAACAAAUUCCACAAAUUCACCACCCUUUGGCUAAAGAAAUUUCUCUGCAUCUCUGUUUUGAAAGGGUGCCCCACUAUCCUGAGGCGACGCCCUCUUGUCCUAGACUCUCCCACCAUGGGAAACAUCCUUACCACAUCUACUCUGUCUAGGCCUUUCAACAUUCAAAGGGUUUCAAUGAGAUCCCCCCUCAUCCUUCUGAAUUCCAGGGAGUACACACCCAGAGCCAUCAAACGUUCCUCGUAUGAUAACCCUUUCAUUCCUGGAAUCGCGGGGCCCAAAACUGUUCACAAUACUCAAGGUGAGGCCUCACCAGUGCCUUAUAAAGCCUCAGUAUCACAUCCUUGCUCUUGUAUUCUAGACCUCUUGAAAUGAAGGCUAGCAUGGCAUUUGCCUCCCUCACCACCAACUCAAUCUGCAAGUUAACCUUUAGGGUGUUCUGCACAAGGAUUCCCAAGUCCCUCUGCAUCUUAGAUUCCUGGAUUUUUCCCCAUUUAGAAAAUAGUCCGCACAUUUACUUCUACUACCAAAUGUGACCAUGCAUUUUCCAACAUUGCAUUUCAUUUACCACUUUCUUGCCCAUUUUCCUAAUCUGUCUAAGUCCUUCUGCAGCCUACCUAUUUCCACAACAAUACCUGCCCCUCCACCUAUCUUCAUAUUAUCUGCAAACUUGGCAACAAGGCCAUCUGUUCCAUCAUCUAAAUCAUUUAUAUACAGCAUAAAAAGAAGUGGUCCCAACACCGACCCUUGAAGAACACUACUACUCACUGGCAGCCAACCAGAAAAGGAGCCUUUUAUUCCCACUUGCUGCCUCCUACCACUCAGCCAAUGCUCUAACUAUGUUAGUAGCUUUCCUGUAAUACUAAGGGCUCUUAACACAUGAGGCACCUUGUCAAAGGCCUUCUGAAAGUCCAAAUAUACAACAUUCACUGCAUCCCCUUUAUCUAUCCUACUUGUAAUCUCCUUAAAAAUUCCAGCAGGUUCAUCAGGCAGGAUUUUUCCUGAGGAAACCAUGCUGACUUUGUCCUAUCUUGUCCUGUGUCACCGAGUACUCCAUCACCUCAUCCUUAUCAAUUAACUCUACACAACAUCUUCCCAAGCACUGAGGUCAGGCUAACUGGUCUGUAAUUUCCUUUCUGCUGCCUUUCUUCUUUCUUAAAGAGUGGAGUGACAUUUGCAAUUUUCCAGUCCUCUGACACCAUAACAGAGUCCAAUGAAUUUUGAAAGAUCAUUUCUAAUGCUACCACAAUCUCUAACGCUUUCUCUUUCAGAACCCUGGGGUGCAGUUCCUCUGGUCCAGGUGACUUAUGUGCCUUUAGGUCUUUCAGCUUUUUGAACACCUCUCUUUUAACAGUACCUGCACCCACUUCUCUUCCUUCACAUGCUACAACAUCUGGCAUACAGCUAGUGUCUUCCACAGUGAAGACUGAUGCAAAAUACUCAUAUAGUUCAUCAGCCAUCUCCUUGUCCCCCAUUAUUAUUUCUCCUGCCUCAUUUUCUAACAGUCCUAUAUCCACUCUCAUUUCUCUUUUAUUUUUAACAUACUUGAAAAAAACUUUUACAAUUCACUUUGAUAUUAUUUGCUAGCUUGCUUUCAUAUUUCAUCUUUUCCCUUCUAAUGAUUCUUUUAGUUGUUCUCUGUAGGUUUUUAAAAACUUCCCAAUCCUCUGUCUUCCCAAUCCUCAAUCUUCCCACUAAUUUUUGCUUUGUUGUAUGCCCUUUCUUUUGCUUUUACAGUGGCUUUGGAAAAGAGACCACAACUCCUUAACUUUCAGGAUAGCUAUAGACAAGAAUAGGUAUGAUCCUUGUGGGAGAGUUUAAAUUCGAGUAGGGCAAAUUACAAGGACAUUAAACAGGAACUAAGGAACAUUAAUGGUCAAGAAGGAAAAGGAAAAGUGUGUAAAGCUUCAGAAGUUGGGAUCAAAAUAAGCACAUGAGGAGUAUAAAGAAACCAGAAAAGAACUGAAGAAGGGAGUUAGGAAAACCACAAGGGGCAAUGAAAUGUCCUUGCUAAGUACGAUUAAGUUAAGGUGAGGGCCAAGGCAUUCUAUACAUACAUCAAGAGCAAGAAAAUAACUAGGGAUAGGGUGGGACCACUCAAAGAUAAAGAGGAUAACAUUUGCUUGGAUGCAGAGAAUAUGAAUGAGGUACUUAAUGAGCACUUUGCUUCAGUAUUCACCAAGGGAAAGGACCAGGAGAUCAGUGCUGAGUGUUUAAAUAUGUUAGGGCAUUUAGAGGUCAAGGAGGAGGAAGUCUUGAGCCUCCUAAUGAGUAUUACGGUGGAGAAGUCCCCAGGGCCUGAUGGGAUUUACCCCAGGUUAUUGAAGGAGGCAAGAGACAAGCUUGCUGGGCCCUUGACCAGUAUCUUUGUGUCUUCUCUAGCCACAGACGAGAUCCGGAGAACUGGGAAAUGGAUAAUGUUGUAACUCUAUUUAAGAAAGGAACAAGGGAAAAUCCUGGGAACUAUAGACCAGGGAGUCUCAUGUCAGUUGCAGGGAAAUUGCUGGAGAAAGUUUUUAGGGAUAGGAUAUAUGAACAUUUGGAAACCCCACACCUAAUUAGGGAGAGUCAGCAUGGCUUUGUGCAAGGCAGGUUGUGCCUUACCAACUUGAUUACGAUUUUUCACAAGGCAACAAGAGGGAUGGGUGAAGGUAAGGCAGUGGAUGUUGUCUUCAUGGAUUUUAGUAAAGUGUUUGAUGAAGUCACUAAUGGGAGGCUGAUCCAGAAGAUUAAGAUGCAUGGGGUCUGUGGCAAAUUGGCUGUUUGGAAUCAGAACAGAUUUGCACAUAGAUGACAGAGGGUGGUGAUUGAAGGGGCUUAUUCUAGCUGGAGAUCUAUAAUUAGUGGAGUUCUACAGAGAUCUGUGCUUGGAUUUCUGCUGUUUGUGAUUUAUAUAAAUGACCUGGAUGAAAAUGUAGAUGGGUGGGUUAGUAAAUAUGUAGAUAAUAUCAAGAUUGAUGGAGUUGUGGAUGGCGUAGAAGACUGGCAAAGAAUACAGUGUGAUAUAGAUCUGUUGCAGAUAUGGGCUGAGAAAUGGCAGAUGGAGUUUAACCCAGAUAAUGUGAGGUGUUGCACAUCGGUAGGGCGAAUGCAAGGAAACAGUACACUGUUAAGGGCAAGAUCCUUAACAGUGUUGCUGAGCAGACAGAUCCUGGGGUCCAAGUUCAUUUCUCCUUGAAAAUGGCUACACAGGUUGAUAAGGUGUUUGAGAAGGCUUAUGGAAUGCUUGUUUUUAUUAUUCGAGGCAUUGAGUUCAAAAGUCAGGAGGUUAUGUUGCAACUUUAUAAAACUCUGGCCAGGCCAUGUCUGGAGUUUUGCUUACAGUUCUAGUCUCCCCACUAUAGGAAGGAUGUUGAGGCAUUGGAGAGAGUGCAGAAAAGGUUUAACAGGACGCUGCCUGGUUUAGAGGGCAUGUGCUAUUGCAAAAGGGUGGAUAAACUUGGGUUGUUUUCUCUGGAGCCCCAAAGGCUGAGGGGAGAUCUGAUAGAGGCUUACAACUUAUGAGAGACAGAGAUAGAGUGGACAGAGGUAUCUGUUUCCCAGGGUUGAGAUGUCUAAUACCAGAGGGCAUGCAUUAAAUAUGAGAGGGUGUAGGUUCAAGAGAGAUGUAAGGGGAAGUUUUUCCACUCAGAGAGUCAUGGAUGCCUGGAAUGUGCUGCCUGGUAUGGUGGUAGAAGAAAAUACAUUAGAGGCUUUUAAGAGAUGUUUGGAUAGACCAAUAGAUGUAAGAAAGAAGGAGGGAUAUGGACAUUUUGUAGCUAGAUGGGAUUAGUGUUUGGGAGUUUUUGAUUUGCUUUUUAGCUGGUUAGGCACAACAUUGUGGGCUGAAAGGCCUCUUCCUGUCCUGUACUGUUCUAUGUUCCACCAAAAACAGCAAAAUAGACCACUUUCCUCCAAUUUACCCACCCACUCAUACACACAGAUACGCCUCCAACUCCAGUACAGAUCACCCUCUGGGCCUUUGACUAUCAUUUCUUGGCCCCAGAGUCUUGGGGGGGGGGGUGGCCUAGGAGCUGGGGCCAAAAUCUCUGGCCCUCUGUGGCAACAAAUUCUACAGAUUCACCACCUUCUGGCUGAAAGAUUUCUCAUCUUACUUCUAGAGGGACAUCCCUUUAUUUUGAAGCUCUGCCCUCGAAAGCCCAGACUUUGCUACUGAUGGAGGUAAUGUGUCCAUUCUAUCCAGUUCUUUCUGUGAUACACUCUCCCAAUUUCUCAUGAGAUCAACAAUUAGGACCGGUCAUGAAGCUACUCAUCCACAGGCUGUCCUCAGGUAAGAAAUGGGUUCCAUCUUACAAGCAUCCAGAAAUUGAUUUUGUCCACAUGUUUGAAUAUAUACACACAUCUGUCAAUAGAUGAGCCAUACCUCCAUAGUAUUAUAAUGAAUGGCAUCAAAAACACAUUAGACUGAUAAGAAGGAACAAUUUCUAAAGGUGGGGAGAGUGUAGAAACAAACUCUGAACUUUUCAAUUUAAUAUAAUGGCAUCUCUUUUAUAUAUAGAGGCUGUCCAUAAGUUGGUCAUUUGUAACUCCCUGGAUUUCCUUGGUUAGUAGUAGAGGAGAGGGAAAAUAAGUCAGCCUUGAUCGAAUGAUGGAACAGAUUGACGGGCAGAUUGGCCUCAUUUUGCUCCUCCAUCUUAUAGGAUUAUGUUUUAUCCUGACAUAGAACAUGGAAUAGUACAGCACAGUACAGGCCCUUCAGCCCACAAUGUUGUGCCGAUCCUUAAACCCUGCCUCCCAUAUAACCCCACACCUUAAAUUCCUCCAUAUACCUGUCUAGUAGUCUCUUAAAUUUCACUAGUGUAUCUGCCUCCACCACUGACUCAGGCAGUGCAUUCCACGCACCAACCACUCUCUGAGUUAAAACCUUCCACUAAUAUCCCCCUUGAACUUCACACCCCUUACCUUAAAACCAUGUCCUCUUGUAUUGAGUAGUGGUGUCCUGGGGAAGAGGCGCUGUCUGUCCACUCUAUCUAUUCCUCUUAAUAUGUUGUAUACCUCUAUCAUGUCUUCUCUCAUCCUCCUUCUCUCCGAAGAGUAAAGCCCUAGCUCCCUUAAUCUCUGAUCAUAAUGCAUACUCCCUAAACCAGGCAGCAUCCUGUUAAAUCUCCUUUGUACGCUUUCCAAUGCUUCCACAUCCUUCCCAUAGUGAGGCGACAGAACUGGACACAGUAGACCAAGUGUGGAUUAACCAGAGUUCCACAGAGAUGCAUCAUUACCUCGCGACUCUUAAACUCUAUCCCUCGACUUAUGAAAGCUAACACCCCAUAAGCUUUCUUAACUACCGUAUCUACCUGUGAGGCAACUUUCAGGGAUCUGUGGACAUGCACCCCCAGAUCCCUCUGCUCCUCCACACCACCAGGAUCCUGCCAUUUAGUUUGUACUCUGCCUUGGAGUUUGUCCUUCCAAAGUGUACCACCUCACACUUCUCCAGGUUGAACUCCAUCUGCCACUUCUCAGCCCACUUCUGCAUCUUAUCAAUGUUUCUCUGCAAUCUUCAACAAUCCUCUGCACUAUCCACAACACCACCAACCUUUGUGUCAUCUGCAAACUUGCCAACCCACCCUUCUACCCCCACACCCAGCUCGUUAAUAAAAAUCAUGAAAAGUAGAGGUCCCAGAACCGAUCCUUGUGGGACACCACUAGUCACAACCCUCCAAUCCGAAUGUACUCCCUCCACCAUGACACUCUGCUUUCUGCAGGCAAGCCAAUUCUGAAUCCACCUGGCCAAACUUCCCUCGAUCCCAUGCCUUCUGACCUUCUGAAUAAGCCUACCAUGUGGAACCUUGUCAAAUGCCUUACUAAGAUCCAUGUAGAUCACAUCCACUGCAUUACCCUCAUCUAUAUGCCUGGUCACCUCCUCAAAGAACUCUAUCAUGUGGACAUGGAUAUAAUGAAUUUUCUUUUGGUAACAGGAACAGUAUUUCAGAUUUGUGGUAUCCAGGGAUGAAGUGUGUUGGGAGACCAGACUAUACAAAAGCUUCCAGAUGAGCAAUUUAGUGACAGGUGAAGCCAUUGCUGAAGACUCAUAAAGCUGUUCUGAUGUUUGGAAAGGAAGUGAUAAAUAGCCAGGCUAAUCCACACACAGUUAUACUGUAAGUACCAAAGGAAAACAAGUGAUCAUUGCCCUCUGCCGCUUUAGAAACACUUCAAAAAUAGUCCCCAGCUAGAACAUGUUCACCUGAAUAUGCCCUGUAAGAAAGAUGGCUCAGCAAAGGUGAAAGAUUACUGUUGGAAACGAGAAUUGCUUGGAAAUGUAGCUUGAAUUUUCUGUAUUUCCUGUAUUU